AUGGCUAAGCUUGCUAAGAUUGCAACGGCCGAAAUCAUAUCCUCGAAGGAGCUCAAUGCAGACUGGCAAAGAGCUGCGUCAGCCGUUCUUGUUUCAAUCGGCAGACAUUUGCCAGACCUAAUGAUGGAAGAAAUUUUUCUUCAUUUGCCUGGGCCAAACUCAGCUUUACCAGCUAUGGUUCAGAUACUAGCAGACUUUGCUCAUGCUGAUGCAUUGCAGUUCACCCCACGAUUGAAAGGUGUGCUUUCACGGGUUGUACCUAUUCUUGGAAAUGUACGAGAUGCCCAUCGGCCUAUUUUUGCUAAUGCUAUUAAGUGCUGGUGUCAGGCUGUUUGGCAGUAUAGCCUGGAUAUCCCUUCGCAUUCACCUUUGGAUGCUGACAUCAUGUGAGAUAAACUAUUAGUU